CAUGCGAUCCACAGGCGUUAGUUCUGUGUCGUUUACUCACCUCCCCGGUGUCUCUGAGUUUCCAGCGAUCGCAGGACCCAGAAUCACCUUCCCUCCAAGAACACCCGUAUAUGUGGAAAGUUGAUGAUCUUCUACCAGAACACCUACAAAAAGGAAGUACGGAGAAUAGCCUUGUACAGUGGCCCAAACAUAACACCUUUAAAGAUUUUGUUCAUCAGGAUAGAAGUCACUCUGUGUUAAGGCAAAGUCAUGGUAUGUUUGACUCCCAUGGAAAAAGUAUAAAAUCAGAUUUAACUUUACUUAACCAGAGCAGAAGCUAUGAAAUAAAUAAUCCUGUUGAGCUUAUGGGAGAUGGGAAAUCCUUUCUCCAUGUUAAGCAUGAAAUUCAAUUUUCUGAAAGCCAAAAACCUAGCACUCAGUAUGGAGUCAUCAAACAUAAGAAGUCUCAAAAAAUAGUGAAGAUUCACGUAUGCACUGAAUGUCGGAAACCCUUCAUCAAGAAGUCUUGGCUCACUGAACACCUGAAAACACAUACAGGAGGGAAACCUCUUGAAUGCACUGAAUGUGGAAAAGCCUUCAUCAAGAAAUCACAGCUCAGUGUACAUCAGAAAAUACAUACAGGGGAGAAAUCAUUCGUGUGCAGUGAAUGUGGAAAAGGCUUCAGCCAGAAGGGAAGUCUCAUGGUACAUAUGAGGAUUCAUACAGGUGAGAAACCUUUUUUAUGCAAUGAAUGUGGAAAAACCUUCAUCCAGAAGGGACAUCUCAUGGUACAUCUGAGGAUUCAUACAAGUGAGAAACCUUAUGUAUGCAAUGAAUGUGGGAAAGGCUUCAACCAGAAGGCAUACCUCAUUGCACAUCAGAGAUUUCACACAGGAAAGACUCCCUUUUUGUGCAGUGAAUGUGGAAAACCCUAUUCCCGGAAAUCAAGCCUCAUUAAACAUCAAAGAAUUCACACAGGAGAUAAACCCUUUAAAUGCAGUGAAUGUGGGGAGGCCUUUAUUUGGAAAGCACAACUAGUUACACAUCAGAAAACUCAUAAGGGGAAACUUCAUUCAGUCAAGAAUCCUUCCUCAGAGAGUCACAGGUCAUCACUGACCAGCGUUCCAAAAAAGAAAAAUCUUGUUAAUGUGGUGACUCUGCAAGUACCUUCUGUUGUCCCUCAGCCAGCACUAAACAUGAGUGGGCUUCCAGCAAGUAGGAAUGCAGCCAUGCCAAAUGGGCACUCUCAGGAGGAUCUGGCCAAGACAGACACCUAAUGAACGGCAGUGAGUGUGGUUGUGCCUUCAAUGAUCAAUUACAUCUUCUAUGUCUCAAAGAAGUAGGGAAAAAUUCAAGAGACAUUCUGUGUGGAAAAGGAUUAAAGCAAAAA